AUGUCUGUUCCAAUGCAUUUAGCACUGGCAACCAUGAUAGCUUUGGUACUGUAUCGACUCAGCAGGAUUGGACGAAGACCGACAGACUAUCCUCCAGGACCAACAACAUUACCGUUAAUUGGCAACCUCCAUUUGAUGCCCAAGGAGAAGGGACAUUUGCAAUUCCAGAAAUGGGCUGAAGAAUACGGACCAGUGUAUUCUCUAAUCCUUGGAACCAAAGUCAUGGUUGUGCUGUCCACGGACCAAGCGAUAAAAGACUUGCUCGAUAAGAGAAGUAACAUCUACUCUUCCCGUCCGGAUAUGUACUUGGGUCAGAUUAUGAGUGGAGGUAACCGAAUGCUACUAAUGGAGUAUGGUGAUACUUGGCGCAUGAUCCGCAAGGUUGUCCACAACAACUUGAACAUCAAGGCUGCGCGAACAUACGUACCGUACCAAGACCUAGAGAAUAAGGCGAUGCUCAUGGGAUUUCUGGACAAACCCGACCUGUUUAUUGACCACGUCCGGCGCUACACCAAUUCUCUGACGACGCAGAUGAUCUUUGGCUUUCGCACAACAAGUAUCGAUGACCCAAAGCUGAAGCAGCUUUUCCACGGAUUUGAGAAAUUUUCCGAAGUACUUGGCUCUCAGACAGCCGCUCUUUUUGACGUGUUCCCUCUGAUCCGGAAGCUACCGGACUGGGCUGUUCCCAUGAGACGGUAUGCAAAAGAACUGCACAAGAAGGAAAAGGAACUCUAUUUGGGACACUGGAUGAAUGUGAAGAAAGCUAUCAAAAAUGGCACUGCCAAGCCAUGUUUCUGUGUUGACUUGGUGAGAGCCCAAGACGAGAUAGGCUUUUCUGAUGAACUUGCCUGCUAUACAAGCGGAUCACUGCUAGAGGCGGGUUCCGAUACUACUGCCUCAACGCUCAUAGGCUUCAUCCAAGCCAUGGUACUUUUCCCAGAGGUGGUCAAGGCUGCCCAGGAAGAGCUUGACCGAGUAUGUGGUGAUUGUUUCCCUACUCUGGAGGAUGCGCCAAAUCUACCAUAUAUCCGUGGUUGUGUCAAAGAGAGCAUGCGCUGGAUGCCAACAGAUAUCCUUGGAGUCCCACAUGCUGUCAUUCGAGAUGACGAAUACAUGGGCUUCAAAAUUCCGAAGGGGGCAGGUGCCAUGUGGAAUGUCUGGGCUGUACACAUGGACCCCGAACGUCAUCCAGAUCCGCAUCGCUUUGAUCCUGCUCGGUACAUUGAUGAUUACCAGACAGCAGCUGAAGCUGCAAACAACCCCGAUGCUUCAAAGCGCGAUCAUUUUGUUUUUGGCGCUGGUCGGCGUCUAUGUCAAGGUAUGCACAUCAGCGAGAGGUCCCUGUUCCUUGCCAUAUCUCGAUUACUCUGGGCCUUCAAUUUUAGAAAGGUCGUCGAUAAGAAUGGCAAAGACAUAGUGCCUGAUCCAAGCAAUCUCACGGAGGGAUUACUCGUCGUGCCAAAGCCAUUCCCAGCAAACAUUGUACCAAGAGAUUCUGGUAGAGUUGAAACAAUCAAGGCCGAGUGGAACAAGAUGGAACAGUUACUUGACGCCAACUUGCAAUGGAAGACAUUGCCGGAUGGUAUGAUAUGGAAGACGUAUAAGCAAGCCAGCUGA